AUGUUGGGAGAUCCAGCUCGGCGUAAUCAGAAGCUCAGAUGCACCUACCACCAAGACAGGGGGCACAUGACUCAGAACUGCAGGGCACUAAAGCAACACUUGGAAGACCUGGUGGCAGCUGGACACCUAAGGGAUUACAUUGAUCAGGAUAAGGAAGUGACCGAACUGGGAAACCCACCGCCAGAACCAAACAUUGUACGUCCACCUCGGUUGAUAAUAGAUGUGAUCCACGGGACAGCGACUCAGGAGUCUGAGGAGGCACUGAAGGAAAAGAUCGCUAAGGCUGCGCAAAUUCAGCGGGUCAUGUCAGUGGAGCCUGCAUCAAAAAAGGUACGUACAGUACCUAAAUUCCCCUUGUGCACUGUUUCAUUUACUAGCAAAGAUUUAGAAGGCAUACAGCACCCACAUACUGAUGCAUUAAUUAUAACUGUGGAAAUUAGGAAACAAUUUGAUGUAAAACGAGUGUUGGUAGAUCAAGGUAGUGCAGCAGAUAUAUUGUAUUAUGAUUUGUUCAGAAAGCUUGGUCUCUCUGAGCAACACCUCACCCCAGCGGCAGCCCUGUUGGUCAGUUUCAAUUCAUAG